UCUCAGCUGCAGCCCUAACCGACCGGGGAAACCCAUCAGGGUUUUUAGACCUGAGCUUUCACUGUCCAGCUGCGGACUGUGGACACAGACACUGAGAAGGACUGAGGCAGAGGUACCACGCAGAUGCAAUGAGUCAGAAGCGAGAGCCCGUAAAUGGGAAGGCUCUGGUCCCCCGCGGGGAGGAGGGCAGCUCCCUGUGUGCAAUCCCGUCCAUGGGUCGCCCACCCAUCUGCCUGGGAGCCUGAGCACCAUCAACCUGGCUUAGGCAUCUGAUGCGUCCUGAAGGACAGCCUAGACACGGAAAGCCAUGCUUUCAGCCACCAGGUGACAAUGGGCACCUGAAAGGAGACAGGGACCGCAGGGAUGAGCAUUUGGAGGAGGAGAUGCCCCCUUGGGAGCACCACCUGGAGCGGCCCCCUGGACAUGGAAUGAUCAGGGUGCACACGCCUUCCUCCCUUCCCUUGCCUCUCUUGGCUCCUGGGGCAUCCCGCACUGGCUUCCCUCGGAGAAGAAGAGGGGCAUGAAAUCCAGGCUCUCUAAGCAGGCUCCGGCCACAUUCGCAGCCUCCUGAGCUCCAGCUCUGACCUGGGACCCCUCCCGAGGACAUGAGUCUUGCAUGGGCGAACAUGUGUGGGGCUCAACACACCUCCCCCUGUCCCCUAGGAGCUGUUCAAGAAGGUGGUGCCCCAGCAGUGCCUGGGCUCCGUCUGGUCCCGGAGGAACAGGCCUGGCAACGAGCACCUGGCACCCACAGUCCGGGCCACCAUCGCCCAGUUCAAUGCUGUGGCCAGCUGCAUCGUCACCACGUGCCUUGGCGACCCAAGCAUGACAGCCCGGGACAGGGCCGCGGUGGUGGGCCACUGGAUCCGGGUGGCCAAGGCCUGUCAGAUCCUAGGGAACUACUCCUCCCUGCGUGCCAUCCUGGCGGCUCUGCAGAGUGCCUCCAUUCACCGCCUGCAGAGGACAUGGGACAACGUUUCCAGGAAGAGCUUCCGAACAUUCCAAAAGUUCUGCAGAGAAGACAACCCCCAGGGCAGGGAACUACUCAUCAAGAAGCGGCCCUCGAAUAAACUGGCCAGCCUGGUGAGGCAGCUGCAGAGAGCGCGGAAGGGGCUGCCGAAGAAGGGUGUCGUCCCAUACCUUGGCACUUUCCUCUCCAACCUGGUGGUGCUGGAUACAGCAAUGGAGGACUACCUGGAGGGCAAUGAGAUCAACCACCGCAAAAAGAAUAAGGAAUACCGAGUCCUCACGGACAUCAUGCUGCUCCAGGCGGCGGCAGAGAAUUACUGCCUAGAGCCCCAGCAUCCAUUCACGGCCUGGUUCUGGGCUGUGGAGCGGCUCAGCGAGGAUGACAGCUACAACCUGUCAUGCCAGCUGGAGCCGCGGUCCUAGCUGGCCAGCAGAACACAAGCACCAGGACCACUGGCUACAGCCACCACCAGACCUGAACCCGUGCACACUGGCUGAGCCAAGGAUUGCCCCUCGGCCCCUGGGCUACUUGUGGUGCACGAGCCCCAUCCACUGCUCAACACCCCUUCCUCGCCCCUACAGAAUUACUUGUUCUGGAGGGGGCAAUAUUGAAUAUAAUUAAAGGGCUGUUAUUUAACCACCACAACAACAACAACAACAACAAAAAGGAAUGAGAACCCUUGGGAUUAAAGUUUUCUUACCAAAAUAAUAAUAGUAAUAAUAAUAAUAAUAAUAAAGGUUUUUA